AUGGAUAGUGGAACUAAAGAGUGGUGGACGUUUGCCAAAUGGAGUGAUGAAUAUGAACGGGGAGUAGAUGAAUAUGUACAACAGGCUUUUGCUUCCAAGUCUCAAGGAAAUCAAAUUUGUUGUCCUUGUGAAAGUUGUCAUUAUCAUUUUUGGCGUCAUGAAGGUGUUGUGAGUGAUCACCUUAUUUGUAAUGGUUUUGUUCCACGAACGGAUAAGUUAUCAGAGUUAGGGAUCAACACUGAAAGGGAACAAAAUAUUUUGGAUAAUGAUGAAGGGUCAAACCCAAAUGAUUUUAAUGAUGACAUAGUAGGGUUGUUGCAUGAUGCACGUGAUCCUUUUAGAAAGAGGCCAAAUGACAAGUGUGAUCAUAAGCUAACUAAUGUUGCUUUUGGAGAUAUAUUGGAGCUUAUAAGGGAGUUGUUACCUGAUGCAAAACUGCCAGCUUCUUUUAAUGAAGCAAAAAGUGUUUUGAAAGUGUUGGGAUUGGAUUACACUAAGAUAGAUGCAUGCCCAAAUGAUUGCAUGAUAUAUUGGGAAGAGAUUCCUCAAAAGAUUCUUAGGUACUUUCCAAUAAAGAAAAGCUUCAACAACUAUUUAUGUGUCAAGGAGACGGCGAGAUACAUGACUUGGCAUGCUGAUGGGCGUGAAAAUGAUCAUCUAUUACAUCAUCUAGUUGAUGGUCAAGCUUGGAAGGAAUUUGAUUCUUUAUAUCCAAAGUUUGCUGAUGACCCACGCAAUAUGAUUAUGAAGCCCGAGUUUUUGAUCCUAGCCUUACUAAUUCCCGGUCCAUCUUCCCCUGGCAAUGACAUUGACCUAUAUUUGCAGCUACUUAUCAAGGACUCGAAGGAUUUAUGGGAGUUUGGGUUGGAAACUUAUGAUGCUUCGACUAAUCAAAGGUUUGACAUGCAUGUAGCAUUGAUGACUACCGUGAGUGAUUUUCCAGGUUACGCAAUGUUAUUUGGGUGGAGCACAAAAGGAUACUUGGCAUGCCCUAAAUGUCAUUAUGAAACAGAUUCUGAGUGGUUGCCUUGUAGUGGUAAGAAUGUGUAUAGGGCAAAUCGUAAUUUUUUGGAUCCAUCUCACCCUUGGCGUCAUGAUAAGAGGAAUUUUGACGGAAAACUUGAGGAAAGAUGUCAACCUAUUCCAUUGAAUGGAAUUGAUAUUGAGAAUAUGUUGCGUGAUUUUCCAAAUGCAUUUGGAAAGAAGCAAAAGAAACCAAGGCGUGAUGAGGAUGAUCUGAAUCCAUGGAGAAAGAUACCCAUAUUUUUAGAGUUACCAUAUUGGAAGCAUUGCUCUAAUCGCCAUAAUCUUGAUGUAAUGCAUAUUGAAAAAUAUGUCUUUGAUAAUGUCAUUGGGACGUUAUUAGACAUUUCUCAGAAGAACAAAGAUCAUGUGAGUGCUUGUUGA